AUGGCUACCACCCGUCCCCGUCGCCUGGCUCGUUCGGUGUCCCUCGUUGGCGCCGGCCUGUCGCAGUUUGGCGCGUACCCCGACAAGACCAGCCGCGACCUGUUCGUCGAGGCUUUCCAGGAUAUGCAGGAGACCAUCGACACCGGCAUAUCGGCCCAGGACAUUGAGGCCGGCUACGUCGGCAACUACUCGGCCGACCUGUUUGAGCACCAAGGGCAUACCGCGCCGAUCAUCGCCGAUUGGCUGGGGAUGACCCCGACGCCGAUCACCCGCGUCGAGAACGCUUGCGCCAGCAGCGGCAGCGCCCUCCGCGAGGGGGUGAUGGCCAUCGCCAGCGGCAUGUAUGACGUGGUGAUGGUGGGCGGCGUUGAGAAGAUGACCUCGUUGCCAACGGAAGGGGUCACCGACGUCCUGGCAUCGGCCGCGGACGGUUUGUACGAGGUGCCCGCCGGCCUGACUUUCCCCGGCAUUUUCGGCGCCAUUGCCAAGGCGCACAUGGACCGGUAUGAGACCAACCUGGACCACCUGCUGAAGGUGGGGGUCAAGAACCACGAGAACGGCAAGUUGAACCCCAAGGCGCAGUUCCAGGUCACCGUGAGGGAUAUGAUGGACCGGCGCAAGAUCGCCUGGCCGUUGCGCCUGUACGACUGUGCGCCCAUUACCGACGGGGCGUCCUGCGUCCUGCUGGUCGCCAGCGAACUGGCGAACCAGUUCACCGACAAACCGGUCCACAUCGCGGGCAUCGGGCAGGCCACCGGCCGUCCCCUGCACGACGCCGAGGAACUGACAUCCCUCUCGGCGGCGAAGAUCGCGUCGGCCCAGGCUUAUGAGAUGGCCGGCAUCGGACCCGAACAGGUCGGCGUGGCCGAGGUACACGACUGCUUCACCAUCGCCGAGAUCGUUGCCAGCGAGGACCUGGGAUUUUCGCGCCAGGCGAGGGCCCGCACGCGGUGGACGAAGGGCGUACCGCCCGCACCGGCGACCGCCCGAUCAACACCAGCGGCGGCCUGA